CAGCAGGGGUGUGGUUAACGACUGGGAGGCGGAGGGGGAAAACACCAACCUGUCAGCCCUCUUACUCAGCCACAGCCUCCGGAGCCACCGCGCCGUACCUGUCGCAGACCCCGACUCACCUGAACCUGCGCAGCCCCCGACUCACCUGGCCGCGCCCGAGAAGCGGUCUCCGGAGUCCGCGCCUCGCUCUCGGACUGAGAUGUGCUGGUCCUAGCUGCUGUCUGAGAGGAUGUCCGGGGUGUCCGAGCCCCUGAGCCGAGUAAAGGUGGGCACAUUACGCCGGCCUGAGGGCCCCCCAGAGCCCAUGGUGGUGGUACCCGUCGACGUGGAGAAGGAAGAUGUGCGCAUCCUCAAGGUUUGCUUCUACAGCAACAGCUUCAACCCUGGGAAGAACUUCAAACUGGUCAAAUGCACUGUGCAGACAGAGAUCCAGGUAAGCUGGAGAUCUGUGCACUCUGUUUGUCUAUUCCGCCCUCUGCUUCCUGGGCAGUUGAGCGGCACUCCUUCAGCCCAGCAGGCUCUCCUGUACUGCCUGGCAGAGGGAAGUUGGCACCAGGAGAGAUGUUCUCAGCUGGCGUGGCCAAACUCCUCUCCAGGUGUGCAGCUCCACUUCCCUAAGGGCCUGGGGGACAGAUGCUACAGCCUUGGUUUGUCUUGCCAGCUCCGGAAUGACUACAUGCAGCGCUACGCCAGCAAGGUCAGCGAGGGCAUGGCCCUGCAGCUGGGCUGUCUGGAGCUCAGGCGGUUCUUCAAGGACAUGCCCCACAACGCCCUUGACAAGAAGUCCAACUUCGAGCUCCUGGAGUAAGUGCGGGGGCCUGGCUCAGCACUGCCGACCUCUCCCCAGCCCAAGCAGUUCCGGAAGAUGAUCCAGCAGACCUUCCAGCAGUACGCCUCGCUCCGGGAGGAGGAGUGUGUCAUGAAGUUCUUCAACACCCUGGCGGGCUUUGCCAACAUCGAUCAGGAGACCUAUCGCUGUGAACUUGUUCAAGGGUGGAACAUUACAGUGGACCUGGUCAUUGGCCCCAAAGGCAUCCGCCAGCUGACAAGUCAAGAUGCGAAGCCCACCUGCCUGGCUGAGUUCAAGCAGAUCAGGUCCAUCAGGUGCCUCCCACUGGAGGAGGGCCAGGCUGUCCUGCAGCUGGGCAUUGAAGGCGCACCCCAGUCUCUGUCCAUCAAAACCUCAUCCCUGGCAGAGGCUGAGAACAUGGCUGACCUCAUAGACGGUUAUUGCCGGCUUCAGGGGGAACAUAAAGGCUCUCUCAUCAUCCAUCCCAAGAAAGAUGGUGAGAAGCGGAACAGCCUGCCCCAGAUCCCCACCCUAAACCUGGAGGCGAGGCGGUCCCACCUCUCAGAAAGCUGCAGCAUAGAGUCAGACAUCUAUGCAGAGAUUCCUGACGAGACCUUGAGGCGGCCGGGAGGUCCACAGUACGGCAUUGCCCGCGAGGAUGUGGUUCUCAACCGUAUUCUAGGAGAAGGCUUCUUUGGGGAGGUGUAUGAAGGGGUCUACACAAACCACAAAGGGGAGAAAAUCAAUGUGGCUGUCAAGACCUGCAAGAAGGACUGCACCCUGGACAACAAGGAGAAGUUCAUGAGCGAGGCAGUGAUCAUGAAGAAUCUCGACCACCCCCACAUCGUGAAGCUGAUCGGCAUCAUCGAAGAGGAGCCCACCUGGAUCAUCAUGGAACUGUACUCCUAUGGGGAGCUGGGCCACUAUCUGGAGCGAAAUAAGAACUCCCUGAAGGUGCCCACCCUCGUCCUGUACGCGCUGCAGAUAUGCAAAGCCAUGGCCUACCUGGAGAGCAUCAACUGUGUGCACAGGGACAUCACCAUCAGGAACAUCCUGGUAGCCUCCCCAGAGUGUGUGAAGCUGGGGGACUUUGGACUUUCUCGAUACAUUGAGGAUGACAAGUAUUACAAGGCCUCUGUGACUCGUCUCCCCAUCAAAUGGAUGUCCCCCGAAUCCAUUAACUUCCGGCGCUUCACGACAGCCAGUGACGUCUGGAUGUUCGCUGUGUGCAUGUGGGAGAUCCUGAGCUUUGGGAAGCAGCCUUUCUUCUGGCUGGAAAACAAGGAUGUCAUCGGGGUGCUGGAGAAGGGGGACCGGCUGCCCAAGCCUGACCUCUGUCCACCUGUCCUUUACACUCUCAUGACCCGCUGCUGGGACUAUGACCCCAGUGACCGGCCCCGCUUCACGGAGCUUGUGUGCAGCCUCAGUGACAUUUAUCAGAUGGAGAAGGACAUUGCCAUAGAGCAAGAAAGGAAUGCUCGCUACCGACCACCUAAAAUACUGGAGCCCAUCGCCUCCCAGGAACCCCCACCCAAGCCCAGCCGGCCCAAGUAUAGACCCCCUCCACAAACCAACCUGCUCGCUCCCAAGCUACAGUUCCAGGUCCCUGAGGGUCUUUGUGCCAGCUCCCCUACGCUCACCAGCCCUAUGGAGUACCCAUCUCCCGUUAACUCGCUGCAUACCCCACCUCUCCACCGGCACAAUGUCUUCAAGCGCCACAGCAUGCGGGAGGAGGACUUCAUUCGACCCAGCAGCAGAGAAGAGGCCCAGCAGCUGUGGGAGGCUGAGAAGAUCAAGAUGCGGCAGAUCCUGGACAAGCAGCAGAAGCAGAUGCUGGAAGAUUCCCAGUGGCUGAGGCAGGAGGAGAAGUCCUUGGACCCUAUGGUUUACAUGAACGAUAAGUCCCCAUUGACCCCAGAGAAGGAGGCCGGCUACACGGAGUUCACGGGGCCCCCACAGAAGCCACCGCGACUGGGGGCACAGUCCAUCCAGCCCACGGCCAACCUGGACCGGACCGAUGACCUGGUGUACCUCAAUGUCAUGGAGCUGGUGCGGGCAGUGCUGGAGCUCAAGAAUGAGCUCUGCCAGCUGCCCCCCGAGGGCUACGUGGUGGUGGUGAAGAACGUGGGGCUGACCCUGAGGAAGCUCAUUGGGAGUGUGGAUGAUCUCUUGCCCUCCUUGCCAUCAUCUUCGAGGACAGAGAUUGAGGGGACCCAGAAGCUGCUCAACAAGGACCUGGCAGACCUCAUCAACAAGAUGCGGCUGGCGCAGCAGAAUGCCGUGACCUCCCUGAGUGAGGAGUGCAAGCGACAGAUGCUCACGGCCUCCCACACCCUCGCCGUGGACGCCAAGAACCUGCUGGAUGCCGUGGACCAGGCCAAGGUCCUGGCCAAUCUGGCCCACCCGCCUGCAGAGUGACCUAGGGUGGGGGCCACCCGCCUGCGUCUUCCACCCCCACCCGUCAUGCACCUCCCCUGCCUUGCCUUUGGUCACGUGGUCUUCUCAGGGAAGGCCCGGGUGAGGGGUCCUUCCCUCACCACUUUGCACGACCCCCUCCCCGCCCCACCCCAGACUGUGCUGUUCAGGCUGCAGCUGGAUGGAGGGGACUCUGGAUAUGGACGCAGGGUGGGUGUGACACACAUGGUUCAGAGGUCACUGUUGCCGCCAGCUACUCCUCCCACCCCAGCCUGGGUGCUGGAGCCUCAUUGGGGUCACAAUGGUGUCCCUAGCAGCCAAAAUGGCUUAUGCAUGGACAUGGCAGGCCCAUAUGGGAGCCAAGCUAUUUCUUCUCCUUCCUCUUCAGCCCUCGGGGAUCCCCUGAUGCACAGAGGGGCCAGGGAAGGGCCUUAUUUGCGGGGGUCAGGAGGCUUGUAAGAUGGGGGAUGGGCUGGCUUUCUUGUACAGUGUAUAUUCAAAUUUAUUUAAUGUGAGUUUGGUCUGGACCGACAGCUGGGUUCCCUCCUGAUGGGGAAUCUGGGACACAGUCCAAGAACAAACUGAUUGGGAAUUCUGGCACAGGACACUGUGUUGUUAUCACACCAAGUAUCAGGGGAAGGAGCAGAGAGACAUCGGCCAGGACUGGACUUUGGACCACAAUCUGCUCUCUCCCUGGCAACCUCCUCUCUUUCUCCCUUUACUUCCCUGCCUUUUCUUACUCGUCCUCUUCUCCCCACCCCUCUUUUCUCAUCUGAUCCCUUCCUUUCUCAAGUGUUUGUGUUGAGCCUUCUUUUACCUUCUUUCUAUCAGAUUUGUGGUUGAAUUAAACUCGUACCAUUUGCUUUGUGGUU